AUGAGGAGUCUGUUUGGUGCAUCACCGCAUCGGGUGCGGCACAACAAUUCUCGUGAUUCUCAGGAAGGUCGCAAAAACAGCGGCGGCUAUGGCGAAUCCGAACAAGCCAAGCGCCGGUCCUUUGCGUUCAUGAAGUACAGUCCGGACCGACGAUCUUCGGCGUCCAUGAGAGCCUCAAGAGAACAUGCCCGACAAAUCGCUAUGCAACUGAGCAUGAAUGAACCAGAAGCAGCUCCUCCCAGCCGCAAAAGCAAAAGCAGCAAAAAGAACAAGAUGACGGCGUCCACCUUUCAACCAAGCUUUCCAGAGCCAUCCGCAUUUGAUGAUUUUAAUCCGUUCGGUCAUGAUCAACAACUGGGCAGUAGCAACAGCUUUAGUAAUGGCAGUGCGGCCAUGGGAUCGAGCAAAUCACUCGCGCCUCCGCCUCAAGAGGACUUUUUUGCUCAAGCUCCCAAGCCAAAUCCCAACUUUCAACGAAAAGCCAGCAAUGGCAGUAGCCACAGAUCCUCUGGAAGUGGCGGGUUCCCUGUGCGCGACAAUUCGUUCGACACGGAGAGUGUGGCCAGUUCUGUAGCCUACGACAUGGACUUUUUGCCCAUUCAGGCAUCGCAGAGGGACCAACGGAAAUCCAGUCGAGGACGACCGCCCCGAAGCAAGGCACCGUCGACGACGGGAAGUGAAAUCAGUUUUGGUUCCACAGCGUCGUCGUCCAUCCAGUGGUCCGCUCAGUCACAGCAACAACUCACUAUUCAACAACACCAACCAGCUCCCAAAUCCAUGUCCACCUUUCCCUCAAACUCGUCCAUGCAAGCUAAUUUUGCUCAGCAGACAUCACCACACCAUGUUGCUAGCAGCAGCGCCCCCAUGAUGAUGCCAAGUCCACCGGGGUCAGCCGGUGGGGCCGCUGCCAGGAGGCGAAUGAGGAGCCAGUUGCGACAUGGAUCGUCGGGUGCGUCGUUGCAGGGAUCAGACACGGCCAGUUGCGAAGGAACUCCACCGCCCUCUCCGGGAAGUACCAGGCGUACCAUCUUUUCCAGCAAUGGAUCUGUUGGCUCCAACAAUGGCAUGGGGAAUUCGUCGACGUCCAAUCGAAAUCGCGUCGCUUCUUACGCCAUGUCUUCAUCACAAAACUGGCAGGCAUCGCCAUCUCCUUCCUUUCGUGGAAAUGCAUCCGUGUGUUCCUCCGUGGCUGAUUCGGACAUUGACUUGUUUGACAAUGGUGGGGGAGGCUUUACGUUUGACGCCUUUGGAUUGGAUCCUUCGGAGAUUGAUCGGGAAGUACAAGAAGCCGUGCAGGCUCUGGAAGGAUCCAAGCGGGGGAUCUUUGGAGGCUACACGCCGUCUGCAAAUCCAGCACUCUCCGAGGCCGGAACUGUCAAUACUAGCACCAUUAACAACAAGCCUCAGGACGCUAGUGGGGACGACUUUGCGCCACAAGCAUGGGAUUCACCUCCUGGCAGUCGAAGGUCCACACCAACACCAAAGGAAGACGAUGACGGCUUUGAAAAUGGCUUUCGUGUUUCCAAGCCGUCUCCAUUACCUCUGAUUUCGGUUCAUCGAGAGUCGCCAGUCUCAUCGGAGCGCUCUUCGAGCUUGUCUAGCAUUACUGACCACAACACAGAUGGAGCUCCAAGACGAAACGUUUUCAAGGAAAAGGCAGGAUUCACGUCGAGUAGCAAUGAUGCUCCAAGACGCCCACGACCUUCGCCAUCUCAAGCCCCUAAAAAGCAAUGGGUGCCGCCCCCUGGAGCCAUCAAGAUAUACUGGAAAGGCCGCUUGACCCAUAUGCCCGACUCAUUCGAAGGGGACCCAAACAGCCAGACUCAACAAAAGCCUGCACUGAAAGAGCAACCUCAACCGCCAAAUGGAGCCAAUCGAGUCCCACGAUCUGAUUCUGCGGCCGCAACUGGAGGGAAGAAAUGGCAAUCUGCAGCGGCAAAGUAUGCUGCUCCACCAUCUCAACGGGGCAAACCGCAGCCAGCAGCGAACUAUUCGCGAGAGUCGUCAUUUCGAAAGGAACAAGAAGAAAAGAAGGAUGACGAUACUUCUGAAGAAAGGGACAAUCAUACUGACACAACUGACGCCACGACCACUGCAGAAACCGAUCCUUCUCCGCUGCAACCAUUGCAAGCUCCUUCGUCACAGCAGCAACCAAUAAAACCACAGAAACUCUCUCCAGCGCAACAGGCAGGUUUAAAGCUUGACAGCUUGGAAAAACUAGUAGCAGAGCUGCAAGAUGAGGAAGAAGAUGCACUGAGGGGGAAGGUGCAGUCACCACAAGAGCAGCGUAGAAAGGAGCUGGAUGAUUUACGAAAUGGCACUGCUCCCUCCGGACUAAAGUCCCAAACAUUUUUGCAUCACGUAAAUCAGGAUGCAGCGAAACUGAAGCCGCAACAAGAACGUGUGAAGGAGUGCAACGGCCAACGGUCUUCCUUUGCAAGUCUUCGCGAACGGUUGAAGGCGGCACCCAUGGAGGUAGAACCGCCCAACAAGGGACUACACAGCAACGACAGUCAGCAUCAGCCUGCUGGUUUCAACUCUCAAAUAUCGCCACAAUCUGCUGCCUCAAGGUCAGAAGUCGGCGUAUCGUCGUUUACGAGACAGAAAAUGAAGAUCGCAUCAAUGUCGUCUUCAGCCUCAAAGUCGGAAGCAAGCUAUCCUAAAUCGCCCCGAUUCUCGAAUUCACAGCAUCCUCAGGUCAAUGCUGUCUUGAACCGAGUGCGAGGGAUGGAUACGAUGGGCACCUCUAAACCAGGCACCUCGCCAACUGCAACAACGUCUACUCCGGCAUUUAUGGCAGUGAAACUGCGCAAAACUAGCCCUCCAGCGGCCAUCCAGCCAAGCAAAAGUGCUAGCAGCGACCACCAUGAUCAACACUCUCCAAGCGCGACAUCUCGACCUAGGGCGCUGUCGUAUCGUGAACGCAGAGAGAUGGAACUGCAGCAACAGCAACAACAGGAUUGCUCGAGUGUUUCGCCUCGGUCCCCAUCCAUGGCACAAAAGCUGGCUCAACAACAGGCCCACCAUCAGUACCAGAGACAAGAAGAGGCGGAUGAAAGGAGUCAGGGCGCAAGGGGAGGUUAUCAGGUGAGCGUUCUUCCUCCAAGGGAAGAGAAACCAGCUUCUCCGAAGAAGCUGACUUAUCGGGAGCGAAGGGAACUCGAACUGGCUAAAGAACGAGAGGCAAAGGAGCAGCAGGAACAAUCACAGAAAUCUCAGGAACCUCCGAAAAGGGAUGUCGCUGACUUGAUUCGUCGGCGAAUUGCGGCCAACAAGGGCAAGAAUGUUUUAUCACCCACAAACGAUAGUCAGAUGUCAUCAUCGGUGAUCGGUCGCGAUCGCCUACGUCCAACUCGUCCUGCUGCUGGCGAGGAAUCGAGUUCGACCGAGGCCGAUCGUGAAAGCAUCUAUGCCCCCACCGAUGAAGUUGGCGCUAGUUUUGACUACAGAACUACUCAACGUCUCGCACAGGCUUCGUUGGACAGCCUCGAAAAACAGAACAGAAUAUCGCAAAAUCGAAUGCCGGGCACCUUGCGUGAAAACAGUGGGAGCUUUGAAGAGCAAAAUAGUUUGCCUGCCUCACCGCGACACUCGAUGCCAUCUCGUCACUCAGCGGAAACGUCACCGCGGCGUCCUCAAGCAGAACCACCAAUGCAACAUGCUGACGGCAGUCACCAUUUGGGACCAGGUUAUGAAGGAGGUGUGGCAUCGUUGCACUCCCAGCUGAAGCAGUUGAGGGACGACGAAGCGGAGCAAGAGGACGAACAGCAGCCACCAACAUAUUCUUCCAACUUUGAGCAAGAAGAAUCACUGCCAGUGCCUCCGUCACGACCUGCCUCAAGUGAAGGAGGAUUGUCUGCAUUGCAUGCGCAGCUGAAAGAUUUGCAAAUUCAGGAACCUCAAACUGACAUGGAAGAAGAGCACCAACAGGAAGCACCAUCAGAUACCAAACAAGCGUCAAAUAGACUCCAAGCGUUUGUGGAAGGAAAGCCAACUAUGGAAAAACUUGAAGUCAAUACUGCAUAUAGCCAGACCAGCGAACCACUUAGCAGCCCAUCACGGACACCAAAAGCAACGUAUGCCAUGUUGAACGCAUUCUUGCACGGAAGAGAGACUGUUUCUGAACAAGCCGACCCCGCACACAAUGAACAUGUUGACGAAGAAGAAGAACCUCGACCUGUGGGAUCCCCAAAGAAGAGCACGGCACCGAGCUCUUCUUCUGGAGGUAUCUCCGACGGGCGUCCGGCUUUGAAAGAUGACCCUAAAUACGCCAGGUAUUUCACCAUGCUCAAGAUUGGGAUGCCCAUGGACGUUGUGAAGCAUGCUAUGGUGAGAGACAAUCUUGACCCAUGUGUGAUGGAUGGUAAUCAUAACAAACCUGCUUGCACGGGAAUUCCGUUGAAGGAUGAUCCGAAGUAUAUCAAAUACUUCAAGAUGCUGAAGAUCGGCAUGCCUAUGGAGGCCGUCAAACACGCCAUGGAACGUGAUGGCCUGGAUUCAACUGUCAUGGAUCAAGAUCAUAACAUGCCUGUUGACUCGAGCCAGGGCAAGAAGGAUGAUGCACCCAAGGAGAAAGAUUCCCAUCGUCGGGCGCGUCUGCAUUGGAAGCCUCUGCAGGCCAUUCGUCGCAACUCGCUGUGGGCAAAAAUUGACGAGGAUCCGGAAAUGACUAAUCUUGAAAUCGACGAGGCUGAGUUUGCUGAGUUAUUCCAACUUGAAAUUCAACCAGAGGGACAGCAGCAAGACAAGAAGGGAAAACGGUUAAGAAGCCCUAGAAAAGGUGCCGCUGUGCGAGUUAUCGACCCCAAGCGUGCCAACAAUGGCGGUAUCAUUCUUGCCCGUCUCAAAAUGAGCCACGAUGAUAUGGCCGAUGUCGUUGACAGAAUCGACGAAAACUGCAUGACGGCCGAGCAGAUUGAGCAUAUUAUCGAAUACUUGCCAUCACGCGAGGAGCGCAAGGCGCUCGAAGCAUACAUGCUAGAAGGAGGCCAAGACGCGGCAGAGAAGUUCGACGGGCUCUGUGAAUGUGAAAAGUUCAUGGUCUCCAUGAUGACUGUGAAACAUGCGAAGAGAAAAGUUCGAGCAUUGCUAUUCAAGUUGCAGUUCGAAAGCUGUUUGGAGGCUCUAUACCAAGAAACCAACACUGUCGAGACCUCCUGUGACGAACUCAGCAACUCUGUUCGUCUUCGCCAGCUUCUUGGUAUCGUUCUGACGUUUGGAAAUCGUUUGAACACGGCUGGGAAGGGCAAAAAGACAAAGGCCGGGGCUUUCUCACUGGACUCGCUCCUGAAGCUUAACCAGGCCAAAGCAUUUGACAAGAAAACUACGUUUCUGCAAUACAUUGUUCUGAUUGUACAGAGGAACAACGAGCUACUGCUUCGUUUCAAGGAUGAUUUGCCCACCGUUUUCAAAGCUGACAAGGUGUUCUGGGAUCAAUGUGUCUCUGACCUGGAAGAGGUCGAGAACCAGCUUGAGAAUGUACGCAGGAUAUCCCUUUAUCAAGCGCGGCAAGCCUCGAAAUUCCGUAGGAAGAAAAAGAAGCACCACGAUGAAGACGAGGACGAAGAAAGCAUCAGCGACAUGUCCCUGUCUCUGGAAGAGGAGGUCGAGGCUUUGAGAGCAACUCCAAUUGGAUUGUUUACCCUCUCAGCCAUCAAGAAAGUUUCAUUUCUUCGGGACCGUGUCGAGGGAACCAAGGUCAAAUUCAACAAGCUUCUUGAGUAUUUCGGGGAAGAAUCAGGCGACAAGAAUUUGCAACCCCAUGAGCUCUUCAACAUCGUCGUAAAGUUCUGCAAGGACUGGCAUCGAGCGCAAGAGCAAGUCUUUGAGUCAGAGAAGAAAAAGAAGAGGGAAGAAAGGAAAAGGCAUAGCAAAAACGGGCAGACACCCAACAACAACAAGACAAACCCGCCACCUCAGAAGAGACCGAACACUGGCAUGCUGAGGGCCUCAGCCAUGCACGACAGGUACAUGUCAACCGCACCUGCGGCUCCAAAGCCAUCAAAAGAACCAGAACAGGCAUCAGAACAGAGACUUGAACAGAGGCCAGCUCCCGCGAUAGAGCAGAUACCUGAACCAGUAUCCGUGCAUGAUCAUCAUUCUCAGCCUACGCACCAUACUGAUACUGCACCAGUUCAUCAGCACGAGCAUCAUUCUCAGCAAACGCAAACGCACCAUAUUGCACCCGUUCAUCAGCAUUCGCAACCACAGCCUACUGCGUCCCCACCUCGUCAAUCAGCUCCGCCCGCUUCGCAACCACAAUCGUCUGCACCCCCUGUGACAACGGAUUAUCAAUACAGAUCACCUCGACGAGAAUCUGCCCCGGCUGUGUCGCCGAUGCAGGCCUCGAGACCAGCUGUCCCAGAGCAUCAGACAACGGAUCAUCAACACAGAUCACCUCGACGAGAAUCCGCCCCGGCUGUGUCGCCGAGGCACGCUUCGAGACCAGCUGUCCAAGAGCAGCAGAGGGACACCUCGCACCAAACGAGGCCACAGCAUGAAAGUUACGCUGCACCGGCUAGUAGCGCAGAACAAAGAGCUGACGAGGAUUACCGAGUCCAGGAGCAACUUCCGAGUAUUACCAGUCAUUCCAUUGACCUCGAAGAUGUGAUCCCUAGGGGUAUGCAGGACCGUGGCCAGCUCGAGCAAGUCUCCUACGAUAUGCCUCCACAACAAGACCAGCAACUCCAACAGUCCAAUUCAAGUGAUGUGAGUGCUGCUCACAUGCGACGAAGGGCCAGACAGAAGCUUAAUGCGGUUCGGCACCAGCGAAAAGCAUCAUCUCCUGCAGAUGAUUCAGCGAGAAGGGAUCCGCCCAGCCAGCAGCAUUACACAUCAUCUCGUGCGGAUCCGCCAAGCCAACAGGAAUACACAGCAUCUCGUGGGGGUCACCAAACAAUGCAAAGACAAACAUCAGCUCCUGUCGUUGGGUCGGAUCCAGUUACGGAACGGUCUGAAGCAAGGCGGGCAUCUGCUACAACAACGUCGGCGUCUUCUAUGAAUCACGCCCGUAACAAAGCGAGGGCACGUCAACGACUGAUGGAGCGAAAGCAAAGAGCUCUGGGACGGUCUUCGUCUCAGGAAUACCACAUCUAA